AUGAUUGAGAUUUGUAACCACCGCCUAUUAGUGUGCCUUCUGUUCUGUUUUGCUUGUAUCGCACAUGGAUUGACACCGGAGCAGAUUCAACAACUUGACGAUUUUAUUGCCAGUACUAUGAGUUGUAGACUGGUUCCUGGCUUGAACCUAGCAUUGGUAAAGGAUGGAGAGACGGUUUACACCAAGGGAUAUGGUGUUAGCAACAUGGAUUCGAAGUCCCCUGUCACGGAACAUACAUUGUUUGCCAUUGCCUCGAUAACCAAAUCUUUUACCUCAACGUUAUUAGCGAUGCUACUGAGUGGACACAGCGAUGUCACAUGGGCAACACCUAUUAGGCAGUACCUUCCCGAUUUUGACCUCGGCGAUCGAUUUAGAACUGAACAGACCAACCUUCACGAUCUCUUAUCUCACAAAGAGGGCAAGCUUGAUGACACUGAUUAUAUACUGUUAGGUGGUUUUAACAUAACGCGGGAUUCAUAUAUAAGCCAUAGAAAGUACAUGGAACAAAUCUUCCCAUUCAGGAGCAGUUUUGCCUAUUUGAACUCUAUGUAUGCCAUUGCUGGCUACAUUGCCGAACAGAUUGGUGCUGACACAUGGGAGAACCUCAUUCAAGAGAGGAUUUUCAAUGCCCUUGGUAUGGAUGCAUCAUCGUUCACACACAGCGACUGGGGGAAUCCUGACCUUGCUGAAUCAUAUGUAUACAUGUUCAACAGAUAUGAGUACUAUAAAAUUGACAAGUCUACAUUCUGGUCAAUUUACAACCACGCCCCCGCAGGGUCCAUUAUGUCGAAUGCAGUAGACAUGACCAAGUACAUGAAGUUCAUUUUGAAUGAAGGGAAGAACAAGAAUGGCGAGCAACUUGUAGAUAAGAUUCAACUUGCUGAAACUCAUAAACCACAGAAUGCAGUAAAAAAUCCUAUCUUGUUUUCAAAGCCCAUUUUCCCAGUAUCUGACUCGAGCUACACAUAUGGACUGGGUUGGAUUAAUGGCAUAUAUAGAGGUUAUUUGAAGAGCUAUCACACAGGUGCAUAUCCAGGAUUCAAUUCUUUAAUCACUCUGCUCCAUGCUUCAAAGACUGGUAUCUAUGCCGGCACUAACGGUCCAUAUGACACAUACGCCAUGUUAGCCUUGGAAGUGAUUCACAGGUAUGCUUCUGAUCUUCUUCUUGGCGAAGAGCCGUGGUUGAACAGCACCACGGCCUGCACAUUUCCGUCGCCAUGGAUACCAUCGCCAUCAAAUGGCGGAAUAAAAGGCAAGCCGGUUAAAAGUAGCGAUAGUCAUGAAAUAAUAACAACGAGGCCACCGGAGGAUUAUACAGGAGUCUAUGGACAUAAAGGGUUAGGAAAUAAUACCGUUUAUAUUGACAAAGAUGGUGUUACUUUGAGAUUUCUCUACGGUGUGUAUGGUAAUGGAAUACUUAUACCCACUGCUGACGAGCUGCGUUUCAACUUCAGAAUUGAAGGGCCAAUGGAAUGGUAUUAUGAAUAUUAUUCACUCAUGGUUCCUAUUUUUGCUCAAUUUUCAUCUUCCUCUGGACCUGGAAAAGAAAUUGAUGAACUGCGACUUCCAUACACACCCGGGUAUGCUAGUGCUCUGUUUGAGAAAUAUUUGACCGAUUCAUAA